CCGCACAUCUCCAACCGCCAUGUCACGGACGGCGACGCCUCCUUCCAACGCGCUCCUCCCGCGCAGCACUGCGUCGUGGAACCACUUGGACCGGUCCAGCGCCCUCUACGGGUAUUUGGUGCACCUCUUUUACGGCGGCGAGGACCUCACGCUCGAGGUGGCCGAAGCGCAUCAGUUUGUGCGCGAGUUCGUCGCAUUUUGCACCAAUGAAGGCGUGUCGCUCGAGCUUUUCGACGUCGACGCCGGUCUCUGCGCCUUGUCUUCGAGCGGACACAUUCAUUUAUAUGCGCUCGUCGAAGAGCUAGUUGUAUUCGUGCAGUCCGAGUAGAAAUGGCGCCCGUCGGGGACGUGACGCCACACAAAGUGACAACGACAACCACUAUUUAGCUUCGAAUUGGCCUUUGAAUCAGGAAAUAGAGAAGAAAAACACAUAAUUGAAUUGCGUGGUUGUCGUCGGACCCAGAACGUCUGUUUAAGACGUGCCAGUGCACUCGACGG